CCGGCCCCGGCGGGAGCCGCCGCCGCCGCCGCCCGAAUGAAAUUUCUACACUGCUGAUGGUCCCUUCAGUGGUGUCCCAGUGGCCCGUCAGUGAUGUCCCAGAGCUGAGCAUCUUCACCCUUUACUGGAGAAGAAACUGAAGUGAGAAAUAAGUGACUGAAAAAGAACAAUUCGAAGGAACAGAUUCAUUUCUUAACAAGAUCAAGUUUGAAUUAAAUGGCUGAUAAACAGAUCAGUUUACCUGCCAAGCUGAUCAAUGGAGGGAUAGCUGGGCUGAUCGGGGUCACCUGUGUAUUUCCCAUUGACCUGGCAAAAACUCGCCUGCAGAACCAGCAGAAUGGCCAACGGAUGUACACCAGCCUGUCUGACUGCCUCAUUAAAACAAUUCGGUCGGAAGGCUACUUUGGCAUGUACAGAGGGGCUGCAGUGAACUUGACUCUGGUGACACCAGAAAAGGCUAUCAAACUGGCAGCCAAUGACUUCUUCCGGCAUCACCUCUCCAAAGACGGGAAGAAGCUGACAUUGCUGAGGGAGAUGCUGGCGGGCUGUGGUGCAGGUACCUGCCAGGUGAUUGUCACCACUCCCAUGGAGAUGCUCAAAAUCCAGCUGCAGGAUGCAGGACGCAUUGCGGCACAGAAGAAGCUGAUGGCGGCGCAGGCCCAGCUCUCCUCCUCCCCCGCGGCGGCCGAGCCGGCGGUGGAAACGCGCACCACGGCCACCCAGAUAACCAGGGAGCUGCUGCGGAGCAAAGGCAUCGCUGGACUCUACAAGGGCCUGGGAGCCACGCUGCUAAGGGAUGUCCCAUUCUCCAUUGUUUACUUCCCACUGUUUGCAAACCUGAACAAGCUGGGUCAGAAAGACCCCAAUGUCAAGGCUCCGUUCUAUGUGUCCUUCCUCUCUGGAUGUGUGGCCGGCAGUACGGCCGCAGUGGCUGUCAAUCCUUGUGAUGUGAUCAAAACGCGGCUGCAGUCCUUGCAGAGAGGAGUGAAUGAGGACACCUACUCGGGGAUCCUGGACUGCACCAAGAAGAUCUGGCAGAGGGAAGGACCCACGGCCUUCUUCAAAGGGGCCUACUGCCGAGCCCUGGUCAUUGCUCCUCUCUUCGGCAUUGCACAAGUUGUCUACUUCGUCGGCAUCGCGGAGUUCCUGCUGGACAUGCUCCCCAAGCGCCGGGCCUAGCUCCGCAGUGGCUGCGUGUGCCCUCCCGCCCUCUGCAGCGCUGGAUUCAUCCCCGUGUUCGCCAUCCGUGUCGAUCGAUGUCAGAGCAACAGCACAAAGGGUUCGCGCAGGGACGCGAAGGGACCUGGUGCCCAGAUGGGCAAACCUGGGGAGGGAGAAAGUCCCUUCUCUGCUGCCAUCUGGAACCUGCCCCCUCCCGCUCCUUCCACGGACAAUACUUAAUUAUGCAUCUCUCUUUUUAAUUUCCUGGUUUUUGGUUUUAAAUUGUCAUUCUUAAGGACACUGGUAAGCACAGAGUGGGCUUGCCGAUGCAGAAGUCUCCUCUCAGUCUUGGGGAGGAGGAGAGAUGGGAAAGAAUUAACUUCAACCCUCAUCCACUCAGUUUCUCUUUCUUCCUGGAGCUGCCAGCUGUCUGAGGAGGAGCUGGAGGGGCAGCCGUGUCCCCUCAACACCUCCUUGGUCUGCUGACCUCGGGUCAAGAGUGAAUGCUGCACAAAGGGGGCUUAUCUUGUUGCUGCUGGAGGCAGGGGUGGGGGGGAUGCUGGAUCUGGCAAGUUCCUUGGCCUGGAAACCUUCAGUCCUCCCUUCUCCCUUUUUAAAAACUAGUUGGACUUAAAUGAAUUCUGAUUGUUCCUAUUGAUUUUGUAAUUUUUUUUGUUUUAAAGCAAAGGGAUGUCCCUCCUAACUAGGUGUCACAGGCACAUCUGGGUGAGGUGCAGAAAUAAGGUGUCUGCUCUGUAGGGAACAUGUCUGUUGGGAUCACAUGAAUGUCCAAAGGUGCUUCCCUGCUUGGCUACAGGCAUGGAAGGGAGAGGAACUUGGGAUCAAGUUAUUUUUGUUUUGGGGUGAUUUUUUGGUUUAUUUUUAUUGUUGUUUUAUUUGUUUUUUUCGGGGAGA